AUGGCGAAACCAUGUGUGCGAUUAUACGUGAGACGAACUCUGAACCAGUCUUCUGGUUCAAAGUCACGACCGAUGUGCAGGCCCCGCCGGAACCCAUCCAUCCCGAUACUUGGGAUAACCGGAGCCUCCCAGAAGGAUUCUCGAAGCCAUGGAAAACCAAGUUGGCCAACUCUGCGACAGCCGGUGUUUCCUCUCGGCCAACCGCUGCCUCCCGGAACUUUGGAAAGGGGGGCCGUUGAACCCAGAUCGCAAAAAAAGCUGGAACCUUGGCCACGAUUUCGCGUUGGUGUGGGAACGAGAGUUGGAAAAGGGGGAGGGGCACAUUUACGGAGUACGCCUCUGACGAGCGAACUCACUAGGACGAGUCGAGUAAAACUCAGCCGAGUCAACCUUGUUCCGAGCUGA